GAUUAUUAAUGCAGCCUUGGAGAGUAGCAAUCUGUUCCUCAUGCUCCUUUAGUUUUAAAACUCUAGCUUUCAUUGCAGUGUAUGGCUAUCAUAUUCUAUAUACUGAAGGUAAAUUCUCUUCAGGAUGCUUUUUAGAAUAUCGUCAGUUAUCAAACUUUAAAAUACUGAUGGCAUGCUAUUUGGUGGAAUGCGUUUGAGCCUUGGAUUCC